GAGUCUUUGUGGUAUUCUUCUUCAGCACUCCCUAUUCCUUUUGGCUGAAGACUUUCACCCAAACUGCUCUCAACUGUUGACAUUAUCCUGAGAAAGGAGGACAGCCUCAAAAAUCAGGGAAACAGUCAGAAGAAUUUUGGUGCAGUGAAUCUUCUGAAGAGCAAUGCUAAGAAGUUUGGCCUAAAGAAUUAAAAGGAAGCGUACUUCUCCAGACAAGACCUUCUUCAGAGUUCCCUGUGUGAAAAUUAUUUACACAUUGCACGCAAAGCCUUUGUGAAAGAAGAAAAGGAAAUUCAGUUUGUGAAUCUCAGCAGGAGUUAAGCUAAUGCAGCUUAAAAUAAUGCCGAAAAAGAAGCGCUUAUCUGCAGGCAGAGUGCCCCUGGUUCUUUUCCUGUGCCAGAUGAUUAGUGCACUGGAAGUACCCCUUGAUCCAAAACUUCUUGAAGACUUGGUACAACCUCCAACCAUUACUCACCAGUCUCCAAAAGAUUAUAUUAUUGACCCUCGGGAGAAUAUUGUCAUUCAGUGUGAGGCCAAGGGGAAACCUCCUCCAAGCUUCUCAUGGACCCGAAAUGGGACUCAUUUUGACAUAGAUAAAGACCCUCUUGUCACGAUGAAGACUGGCUCAGGAACCCUCAUAAUCAACAUUAUGAGUGAAGGGAAAGCAGAGGCCUAUGAGGGGGUCUAUCAGUGUACAGCCAGGAAUGGACGUGGAGCUGCAAUUUCUAACAACAUUAUUGUCCGACCAUCUAGAUCACCAUUGUGGACCAAAGAAAAACUGGAACCAAUAACACUUCAAAAUGGCCACUCUUUAGUACUUCCCUGCAGGCCCCCAAUUGGAUUACCACCACCUAUAAUAUUCUGGAUGGAUAAUUCCUUUCAAAGACUUCCACAAAGUGAGAGGGUUUCCCAGGGUCUGAAUGGAGACCUAUAUUUUUCCAAUGUUCUCCCAGAGGACACCCGUGAAGAUUAUAUCUGUUAUGCCAGAUUUAAUCACACUCAAACCAUACAGCAGAAGCAACCUAUUUCUGUGAAGGUGAUUUCAGCUAAAUCAAAUAGAGAGCGGCCACCAACAUUUUUAACUCCAGAAGGCAGUGCAAGUAACAAAGAGGAGUUAAGAGGGAAUGUCCUUUCACUUGAGUGCAUUGCAGAAGGCCUGCCUACCCCUAUUAUUUAUUGGAUAAAAGAAGACGGAACGCUGCCAGUCAACCGAACAUUUUAUAGGAACUUUAAGAAAACUCUGCAGAUCACUCAGGUUUCAGAAGCAGACUCUGGAAAUUACCAGUGUAUAGCAAAAAAUGCAUUAGGAGCCAUUCAUCAUACAAUUUCUGUCACAGUUAAAGCGGCUCCAUAUUGGAUCAUGGUACCACAAAAUCUUGUGCUGUCCCCAGGAGAGAAUGGGACCCUGAUCUGCAGAGCUAAUGGCAACCCCAAGCCCAGAAUUAGCUGGUUAUCAAAUGGAGUCCCAAUAGAAAUUGCACCUGAUGACCCCAGCAGGAAAAUUGAUGGCGAUACCAUUAUUUUUUCAAAUGUUCAAGAAAGAUCAAGUGCCGUCUAUCAGUGCAAUGCCUCCAAUGAAUAUGGAUAUUUACUGGCAAAUGCAUUUGUAAAUGUGCUGGCUGAGCCACCACGAAUCCUUACGUCUGCAAACACUCUCUACCAGGUCAUUGCAAACAGGCCUGCUCUAUUAGAUUGUGCCUUCUUUGGGUCUCCUCUACCUACCAUUGAGUGGUUUAAAGGAGCUAAAGGUAGCGCUCUUCAUGAAGAUAUUUAUGUUUUACAUGAAAAUGGAACUUUGGAAAUUCCUGUGGCUCAGAAGGACAGUACAGGAACUUACACAUGUAUUGCAAGGAAUAAUUUAGGAAUUGCAAAGAAUGAAGUCCACUUAGAAAUCAAAGAUCCAACGAGGAUCAUAAAACAGCCUGAAUAUGCAGUUGUGCAAAGAGGGAGCACAGUGUCCUUUGAGUGUAAAGUGAAGCAUGAUCACACAUUGACCCCCACAGUCACGUGGUUGAAGGACAGCAGCGAGCUGCUCAGUGAUGGGCGGUUCACUGUUGACCAGGACCGUCUGGCGAUAACGGAUGUGAACGAUGACGAUGGCGGAACUUACACCUGCGUGGCCAACACUAGCCUGGACAUGGUUUCUGCCAGUGCCGUGCUCAGCGUUGUGGCUCCUCCUCCAACUCCAGCUCCUAUUUACGAUGUCCCAAAUCCUCCCUUUGAUUUAGAAUUGACAGAUCAACUCGAUAAAAGUGUUCAGUUGUCAUGGACCCCAGGAGAUGACAACAAUAGCCCUAUUACAAAAUUCAUCAUUGAAUAUGAAGAUGCAAUGCAUGAGGCUGGAGUUUGGCACUACCAAACGGAAGUUUCUGGAACACAGACCACCACCCAACUGAAGCUGUCCCCUUAUGUGAACUACUCCUUCAGAGUGAUGGCAGUGAACAGCCUUGGGAAGAGCUUGCCCAGCGAGGCAUCUGAACAGUAUUUGACUAAAGCUGCAGAGCCAGAUCAAAAUCCCAUAGCUGUGGAAGGACUAGGAUCAGAGCCUGAUAACUUGGUGAUUACAUGGCAGCCUUUGAACGGUUUCGAAUCGAAUGGGCCAGGCCUUCAAUACAAAGUUAGCUGGCGCCAGAAAGAUGGUGACGAUGAAUGGACGUCUGUGGUGGUGGCAAAUGUGUCCAAAUACAUUGUCUCAGGCACGCCAACCUUUGUUCCCUACCUGAUCAAAGUCCAAGCCUUGAAUGAUGCUGGGUUUGCUCCAGAGCCAGUCGUGGUCAUGGGACACUCUGGAGAAGAUCUUCCAAUGGUGGCUCCUGGAAACGUGCGAGUGAGCGUGGUGAACAGCACCUUGGCUGAGGUGCACUGGGACUCUGUACCCCUGAAAAGCAUCCGAGGACACCUGCAAGGCUAUCGGAUUUACUACUGGAAGGAACAGGGUUCAUCAAAAAGAAACAGACGCCACAUAGAGAAAAAGAUCCUCACUUUCCAGGGCAACAAGACCCACGGCAUGUUGCCCGGGCUGGAGCCCUUCAGCCACUAUGCACUGAACGUCCGUGUGGUCAAUGGCAAAGGGGAGGGCCCAGCCAGCCCCGACAGAAUCUUCGACACUCCGGAAGGAGUCCCCAGUGCUCCUUCCUCUUUGAAGAUUGUUAACCCCACACUGGAUUCUCUCACAUUGGAAUGGGAUCCACCAAGCCACCCAAAUGGCAUUUUGACUGAAUACACCUUAAAAUAUCAGCCAAUUAAUAAUACACAUGAAUUAGGCCCGCUGGUAGAUUUAAAAAUUCCUGCCAAUAAGACACGCUGGACCUUAAAAAAUUUAAAUUUCAGCACCCGAUACAAGUUCUACUUCUAUGCACAAACUUCGGCAGGAUCAGGAAGUCAAAUCACAGAGGAAGCAGUAACCACAGUGGAUGAAGCUGGUAUUCUUCCACCUGAUGUAGGUGCAGGCAAAGUAAAUCCCAGGAUCAGCAAUCUUACUGCUGCAGCUGCUGAGACCUAUGCCAAUAUCAGUUGGGAGUAUGAGGGACCAGAGCAUGUGAACUUUUAUAUUGAAUAUGGUGUAGCUGGCAGCAAAGAAGACUGGAGGAAAGAAAUUAUAAAUGGUUCUCGGAACUUCUUUGGGUUAAAGGGUCUAAUGCCAGGAACAGCAUACAAAGUUCGAGUUGGUGCUGAGGGGGACUCUGGUUUUGUGAGUUCAGAGGAUGUAUUUGAGACAGGCCCAGCAAUGGCAAGCCGCCAGGUGGACAUCGCCACCCAGGGCUGGUUCAUCGGGCUCAUGUGUGCUGUUGCUCUUCUUAUCUUGAUUUUGCUGAUCGUUUGCUUCAUCAGAAGGAACAAGGGUGGUAAAUAUCCAGUCAAAGAAAAGGAAGAUGCACAUGCUGAUCCUGAAAUCCAGCCCAUGAAGGAGGACGAUGGCACAUUUGGAGAAUACAGUGAUGCAGAAGACCACAAGCCUUUGAAAAAAGGCAGUCGAACACCUUCAGACAGGACUGUGAAAAAAGAAGAUAGUGAUGAUAGUCUAGUUGACUAUGGAGAGGGGGUGAAUGGCCAGUUCAAUGAGGACGGCUCCUUUAUUGGACAAUACAGUGGUAAGAAAGAGAAAGAGCCAGCUGAAGGAAAUGAAAGCUCAGAGGCACCUUCUCCUGUCAACGCCAUGAAUUCCUUUGUUUAAUUUUAAGUCUUUGCCAAUAUCCCAUUUCUCUAGAAUCUGUAAGUACUUGCUUGCCAGACUUCUCAUACUAAGAACAUAGUUGCAGAAAGUAUAUUUUCUGCUGCAUGUUACUAUUAUGAGAACAGUUAGAGCAAGACCAUAACUCAGUCAAAUGAUAUAUGUUGAUGUGAACUGCAUUGCAAAGUUCUGCAUCCAUUUUCAUUCAAACUAGGUAUUCUUGAUUUGUUCAGAACUGAUUAAAAAAAAUACAGCCUCAUCAACAGAUCAUGUUAUUUCCUCUUCAAGAUACAGUUUAAUAUGGUGCAUGAAAAUGCUACACAUUUAAAGGACAUACCUGUCUGUGUAUGUUAUUAAAACAUGAUUUGAUUACUUGUUUAUACUGUCUUCGGCCAAACCCCUAAAUAUGAAUUCUGUUUUCAUUGUCAAGAGUGUUACUGUAGUAUUCUCUAGGACUUCAAUGUCUUUGUGGACAUUGUUGUGAAAUUGGUGACUCUAUGUCUAGCUGUUGUUAGUCUUUUUGGAAGACUGUUAGGAACAGUAUGUACAGUAUAUACUUGCUUAAAUGAGUUCAUUAUGACAGUUGCACUCGCUGAUGCUUACUGAGACUCUGUCACCUGCUCUUCGCUCCUGUUACUUCACAACCUUCUUAAUCUUCCAGGUAUUAUAGCAGUACAGUGUUAUACUUUUACAUCACGUCUAUCUUCGGUUGUUUUAAGCAUAAACAAUGUGUAUUGCAAUGCAUUUGGGCACUUGUGCCAUACUGAAAAAAUUAAAAACAAAUGAUUCCAAUGAAAUUUAAAAUAUUACUCCAGAAAGCACAGGGCAAGACACAUGCAGUGCCUUCAGACGAUAAGCAUUCCAUAGCACACUGCCUUCUGCAGUCGGCGUGGUCAACAGAGUCUACUUUACUGUCAUUGUCUAAAAGUAACUUUUAAAAAGCAGAGAUGAGGAAAACUGCAAUACUGAAAAAAGGAAAUGUAAAAAUAAAAUGAAUAAGACAGUUCAUUUUCAGGAGCAUUUUUUUCCCAUAUGUAUAAAAAGAAAAGCUUUAUCACCAACUGAAGUGCAUGAUGAUUUUGUGGUCUCUUAAGGUUUCUGUUAAAAUAAGCUACAAUAAGUAAGAAAGUUGUCAACUUGAUAGAAAACAAAAUACAUGUCAAAGCAUGCCAACUUAUUCUCAAAGUCUUAUGUGGCAGCUUUUGAAACUCUGCAGCAUUAAAUAAUGUAUAUAUGCACAUUGCUAUCAACCCAUUUCAGAAUCUAAGAAAUCUGAUAAGUGCUAACAAGGCCAACAGUUGAAGGGAUUACAUCUGCAAGUCCCCAAAUAAACAUAUAUAUUCUAUUAUAUUCAUAAACAAUAUCUAUCAAAUGGUUUACCUCCAAGUAUGAAAUUCUAUAACAACCUAUGGUUGAAGGAAUGCUCAGUUUCAUUUGCCAAUAAAUUGGUUUCUCAUAACUUGCAUCAAGUUUAAUUUUAAGUAAAGCCUUUUAUAUGUAGAUAUUUUGUUGAAUUUGUAAAUAUACUGAAAGUUUAGAUGCUAUAUGCUUAUAGGUGUUACAUACAAAUAAACAUGCAAACAGUGUGUGAGUUUUACGGUAUAAGAAGUAAGCUAAUUACUGCAGUGCAAGGGUUUGGGGAGUGUCUGCUUAAUACCUUUUGAAUAUUUUCCCCCUUUUUGCUGUGAAACUGAAAUAGUGAACUAUUCUACAUGUUGAUGCAGGUUUCUAGAUGAACUCUUCCGAGCUUUGCCUAUUCAGCUCAAUAGUCCUAGUCAUCUGGUAAUUUCGAUGUAGUGGGUAAAGCACGGUUUGAAGUAAUCCCCAGUAAAGAUGGCCCUAUGUCCUUUCGUGUCUACAUAGUUGCUUUUCAACAGUCAACUUCCCCUUCUGGAAUAGAAAUAGACAAAACAGUUUUGCCUUAGCAUCAGAGGCCACAAAGAUAAGUUUCUUUAAGUUUGCCAGUGUUUUAGGGUAACAAUAAAACUACAGUUUUUACUCUUCCGUAUGGUAGAUGCUAAAUUUGUGUGUGAAGAGGUCACUUCUGUAAUAGUGCAACAGAUUUUGUAUUAAAAUUAAAUGUGGUUUCAAAAGUC